AUGGCGGGACAACCAGCACAACAAACCGCAGCGGGAAGCGGGAAUAAUGCACCGGCGCCGGCGACGGCCUCGAAGGGUAACUACAAGGCGUUCGUCGCGGGGGUUUUCUCGGGAGUUGCGAAGCUGAGUGGUAAAUUUGAUACAAUCAAGGUUCGCCUACAGACAAGUAAAGAUGGACAUUUCAAGGGUCCCUUGGAUUGUGUGCUACAAACCGUCCGGAAGGAAGGUGUGCGUGGACUAUACAAGGGAGCUACUCCUCCGCUGGUCGGAUGGAUGAUGAUGGAUUCUGUUAUGCUUGGUUCCCUAACCUUUUAUCGACGAGUACUACUCGAAAAUGUCUUUUCGAAACCGGACCUUCGUCGUUUGAUCCCGUUUACCGGCGGUCGUCAGUCAGAUUUAAAUACGUUGCCUAGUGUUGGACAUGGAAUUGCGGGUAUCAUGGCUGGUACGACGGUUAGCUUUAUCGCGGCUCCUGUGGAGCAUGUCAAGGCACGAUUGCAGAUUCAAUAUGCGGCGGAUAAAUCGAAGCGCUUGUAUAGCGGGCCGAUUGAUUGCAUCAGCAAGAUACUCCGCACACAUGGCUUGACUGGCCUAUACCGUGGACUCUGUGCCACGAUCCUCUUCCGCUCUUUCUUCUUCUGCUGGUGGGGUUCCUACGAUGUCCUGACUCGACAGAUGAAAGAGCGCACGAACAUGUCGCUUCCUGCCAUCAACUUCUGGGCUGGUGGAAUAUCCGCGCAGGUAUUCUGGAUCACGUCUUAUCCAUCCGACGUGAUCAAGCAGCGUCUUAUGACCGACCCGAUGGGCGGUGCAUUGGGCGACGGUGAGAGGAAGUUCCGCUGGUGGAAGGACGCGGCGGUUGCUGUUGGUCGCGAGAGAGGAUGGAAGGGAUACUGGCGAGGCUUUGUGCCUUGUUUCUUGAGAGCAUUCCCGGCGAAUGCGAUGGCAUUGGUUGCCUUUGAAGACACACCACCACCGCUUCAAUCCUCUUCGACUCCUUUGACGGCCACAAUGGCCGUCGCACGCACCAUGCGACGCACAAGUCCCAUCACAUUCGUCUUGGCCGCUCUCCUGGCGUUUGGAUUCCUCACCUUCCUCCUCUCGCCCUCUUCCUCUGCUCCCUCCUCCGCCUCCGCCGUCUCCUCUCAACAACGACAAGAAGACGCUGCCGAACACCCUCUCUCUCCUCCGACGAAACCCUUCCUCAAGUCCCAGCCCGUCCGCGGUAAUGGCCAAAAAGCCCCUCCGCCCGUCGUCCACUACAACCUGAACAGCCUCACCAGUACCAGCGACUCGGUGGCCAACGGCGAACGUGUGCUCAUCCUUACACCGCUGGCCCGUUUCUUCCAGGGAUACUGGGAUAAUGUGGUUAAGCUGAGCUACCCCCACGAGCUCAUCUCGAUCGGGUUCAUCGUGCCCAGGACGAAGGAAGGAAAUGCAGCCGUCGCCGCGUUGGAAGACGCCAUCGGAAAGACACAGUCCGGGCCUAUCGACAACCGGUUCGCCAGUAUCAGUAUCCUCCGCCAGGACUUCGACCCGCCCAUCCAAUCGCAGAAUGAAAAGGAGCGACACAAAAUGUCGAAUCAGAAGGAUCGUCGCGAGUCGAUGAGUCGCGCUCGCAAUAGUCUCGUCUUCACCACCCUCGGCCCUAGUACCUCCUGGGUCCUCUGGCUGGACGGCGAUAUCAUCGAGACCCCGCCUACUUUGAUCCAGGAUCUCACCAGCCACGAUCAACCCGUUAUUGUCCCCAACUGCUACCAGCGGUACUACAACUCUGACACCAAGAAGAUGGACGUCCGUCCGUACGAUUACAACUCGUGGAUUGAUAGCGAGACCGCCCAGGCCCUGGCAGACCUCAUGACCCCUGACGAGAUCCUGCUCGAGGGGUACAACGAGAUGCCCACAUAUCGGUCCUUGAUGGCCUACAUGGCCAAUCUGGAAGCGCCCGAGCCCAAGCGGAGAAUUCCCCUUGACGGUGUGGGUGGAACGGCCUUGAUGGUCAAGGCAGAAGUCCACCGUGACGGUGCCAUGUUCCCUGCUUUCCCUUUCUACCAUUUGGUUGAAACGGAGGGUUUCGCUAGGAUGGCACGACGGCUGGGAUAUUCGGUGUCUGGAUUACCGGAUUAUUUUGUGUAUCACUAUAACGAAUGA